UUACGUAAUGAUAAUCACCCAUCUUAAGACACCAUAGAUUAAGGCCACUAAAUGUGCGCGGGCUGCAAAGGAAAGUGAAGAGAAAACAAGUUACAUAAUAAAGAGAGCAGAUUUAUACUUCUAUUCACAUUACUUUUGAACAGGGAUAGAUUAAAAGUUGAUGGAAAACAGCAUUCAGGUAAGGAGGCCCAAAGUGCAGCAGUUUUUAAUUCUGUACGAGAAAAAAAAACGCUAGAAGAAUAUCUCACAGUACUGGAACAAAUGAUGAGAGGAGAUUGCAUGACGUGUGUUGCGAGUGAUCAAGGUGCGAAAGUUUUUCAGAUUAAAUUUGGGAUUUCUUUUUCAAGCAUGGAGCUGUAAUAGCUCCCAUCAGCCACCACACGUUUCUCAAACUUUGUUGGGAAAACUGAAACGUAGAGGGCGGCAGAUAAAGUCAGCUGCAAAUUUUUUUGUCGGCACGGUAGAACUACCAUGCUUGGUGGCGCUAUUCAUGAUCACCAAGUAAAUUAUAAACAGGCCUACAAAAAUGCAGCUUCAAAUUAUUGCAUGUAUUGGGAAUUCCCCAACAUUCGUUGGGGUUUUGCGUAUUUCGUCAUGAGCCGAGCCUACACAGUCGGCUCGAGAAGCCACACGCAGACAGCUGGCAAAGGAGCAAAAGUAAAUAAUGCUCAAAAGAAACCAACUUCCACCAGAUCUGACCUUGGAAAUAGAACCAAAGUCAAAGAAUUGAAUUCUUUGCAAGGUGGUGCAAGUUCACCAAAGUCAAAAUCUCCAGCGUCAAAAUCUGGUGCAUCAGCAACACCUCCCAAUCCCCGGGUUGUGACUUUAGCAGACCUAAAUUCAGGAAACAAGAAGUCAAAUUCUUGUAGGGCCUCCACUGGGCCUCCUAUUCCUAAGUCUAAACCCGGGGCCGACAGUGGCGGAGCUGUAACCGCAAGUUCCAGACAGUCCAGCAUUGCAAAGAGUUGUCCAACUUCCCGAACUAAGUCAACUGGUAAAGACGCCAAAAUGUGGGAAGAUGAACUUCAGCCUCAGCGAGGUUACUCUGGGAACAAGAGUAGCAGUUUUAAUUCGUCUGGGAGCAAUCAGACAAAUUUUGCAAGUAAAAAUGCUCAAUCUUCAGGUGAUGGUGACAGACGAGAAACGUACCAAUCCCAAGGAGGUUACACCCGAGUUAUGCCUGAUCAAAAGAAACGGGACAAAUUACAGAACCAGCGUACUUCAGAAUUGGAGAGAUUUGAGGCUUAUAAAGAGAAAAGAAAGCUGGGCCAUGUCUCCAUGACACCAAGCCGUGUGGGAGGAGCAAAGGUAUCAGAAGAAGAAGCAAGAAAGCAACAGCAGAGAGAGCUGCAAGACAAGAAAUAUGAAAUGAUUAGCAAGAGAGGACUGUGGGCUAAAGAAAAGAGGGAAAGAGAAGAACAGGAAUAUGCCGAGAAAAAGGCCAGGGCUCGUCAGCAGACGGAGAAAAACAAGCAGAGGGAGCAGCAACGCCAGAGGGAACUGCAAACUAAGAGGCAGCAUUGGAUUGCCAGAGGGGGGCUGGAGAGGCUGGAAGGCAGUGGGGUGGGCGGAGCUAGUGAGACCUCGUACAAUGAGGGGGCAGAAGAGUUUGAGAUAGAUGAAAGUGCUGUCAACAGUUUGAAGGAGCUAUUUCCCUUUAAGGACCGCAUAAAGUUGCGCAAAAUGCUGGGGGCAGCCAAGGGUGAUAUAAACACAGUCAUUGAUUGGUUGUCUGACUAAGGGGGCAAACCCCCCCCCCCCCCCCAUAAAGAGUUCCUCUCCCCCCCCCCCCCCCACCGAAAAAUUGGCAUUCGUAGAAAAGCACAUCCAUAUGAGUUACCAUGAUAAGCUGGGAGAAUAUAAAGUCCAUUUUUUCCGCAAUUUUGUCUGUAUUUUUUACCCAAAAUCUUUACAAAAGUUUUAUUGUAACGUCACUUAGAAAGUGAAUAGCGAUAGUUAUUGUAUUAUGUAGCCAAGAUAUACAUUUUGAACAGCGCCCCCAUGGGAAGAUGGUGUCCUCCAGCCCCCCCCCCCCCCCCCCCCCCCUAUUUGCUUUGACAGAGGGCGGGUCUGUAAUUUUUUUGACUGUAUAUACAUGUAGUUCAGUGGAUUGCACAGUCUCUGAUUGGGUGUUUGCUUGACUGCGAUAAUACUGAUUUGAAAACAGUCAUAAUGACUGGUUGGUUGACACGUUUCAGCCAUAACUUGGUUUUUCUGAAAUUUAAAUACUGAUUGGCUAUCUGUCUACAAUUUUAACACAAGAUUAAUCAAAGUUUAUUAGAUAUCAAACAGCUGCUGUUGUGCUUAUUUUUCUUAUUUUAAUGAUCAGAACUAGUUUUUGUCAAAAUAUGUAUUUUUAUAUUUGUGUAAACCCGAGUGAAUUUUUUCCAUGGUACUAUAACUAAGAAAUGAGCGGGGCUGGUGAAAGGGGGGGGGGGGGGGAGAAAACAAUCGAAGAAAGACUUAAGUCUCUGAAACCAACGGUUGUAAAAAGGGGAACACAUUCAUUUAUUUACACCCAUCUUUGAUAUUCAUUUCAUAUGACCUAUUAUGAAAAUAAGUCGGGUGAAGAGUGGCUUAUCAGUGGAAUACUCGUUUCUUGUUUACGUUUCGUUAUCACUUAGCUCAAAUGUAUCAUUGCAACAGCAUGGUGCGCUUGUCAUCGCCAUUCAGUACUAACUGUGCUAGCACAUACAUAUACAUAAACUCUAAACCCUGUGAGUGUAAUGAAGCCAUGUAUAAGCCAAAAUCCAUUGCUUAGAGGAGUACAAAAUGUUUUUUGUACACUUAAAUUUUACACAGAAUCUACAGUUAGCAAACAUAAUUGGUGUCUUUAUGUAGGUAUUCACCUGAUGGCAUGGUCAGAAUUCAAUUAGUUCAUCUGUAAUGUUUGCGUGACUCAUAAUUUUAAUAAAACUACAGCAAUAUUA